AUAUCGUUUUUUAAGGUAGCAACACAUCACUAACCUCGUGCUCUCCUUUCAUCGCCAUUAUUGCUCAGUAGCCGCAAGUGUAUUUUAUAAUUUUUUGCAAAUACAUUAAAUAUGUCAGCUGUGGAAGCAUUGAAUGUCGAGGAUGCCAUAACAGUAGUGGCCGGCAGCGACGAUGCCAAGAAACAAAAGAAGCCAAAGCCGAACAAUAAAAAAUUGAGACAAGAAGCCGCAGCAAAGAAAAUCGCCGAGGGUGGCGAAUCUGAAGCCGCCACCAAUGGCGAAGCCGAGAAAAAAGCGCCAAUCGCUGUGCCACCCAUGAAGAAGAAGAACAAAGGCAAAAAAUCUGGUCAAACAGAUCCACCCAGCAUACCUAUAUCCGAGCUCUUUGCCAAUGGCAACUAUCCGGAGGGUCAGAUAAUGGAUCAUCCAAUACCGAAGGAUAUGGCCGACGAUCGCACCGCCAAAGAUCGCUAUACGUCGGAGGAAAAGCGUGCGUUAGAUCGCAUGAACAACGACAUCUACAAUGAGCUCCGCCAAGCUGCCGAAGCGCAUCGCCAGACACGUCAAUAUAUGCAAAAAUAUAUCAAGCCAGGCAUGACCAUGAUCCAGAUAUGCGAAGAAUUGGAAAAUACCGCUCGCCAAUUGAUUGGGGAGAAUGGCUUGGAGGCUGGCUUGGCCUUUCCAACUGGCUGUUCACUUAAUCAUUGCGCUGCACAUUACACACCCAAUGCGGGCGAUACUACUGUGCUGCAAUACGAUGAUGUGUGCAAAAUUGAUUUUGGCACCCACAUCAAGGGUCGCAUCAUUGAUUGCGCCUUCACAUUGACCUUUAACAAUAAGUAUGAUAAGCUCCUGCAGGCGGUGAAGGAGGCAACCAAUACGGGCAUUAAGGAAGCGGGCAUUGAUGUGCGUCUAUGCGAUGUUGGCUCGGCCAUACAGGAGGUAAUGGAAUCGUACGAAAUCGAGCUGGAUGGCAAGACCUAUCCGAUCAAGGCUAUACGUAAUUUAAACGGACAUUCUAUUAGCCCGUACCGUAUUCAUGCUGGCAAAACGGUGCCCAUUGUUAAGGGUGGUGAGUCCACGCGCAUGGAAGAGGAUGAGUUCUAUGCUAUUGAGACGUUUGGCUCGACGGGUCGUGGAUUGGUCCACGAUGACAUGGACUGUUCGCAUUAUAUGAAGAACUUUGAUUUGCCAUUUGUGCCGCUGCGUUUGCAGUCAUCCAAACAGCUAUUGGGCACCAUUAACAAGCAUUUCGGUACAUUGGCUUUCUGUAAACGUUGGCUGGAUCGCGCAGGCGCUACGAAAUACCAAAUGGCACUUAAGGAUCUGUGUGACAAGGGCAUCGUGGAGGCCUAUCCGCCAUUGUGCGACAUCAAGGGUUGCUAUACGGCACAGUAUGAGCAUACCAUUAUCUUGCGGCCCACCUGCAAAGAGAUUGUCUCUCGCGGUGAUGAUUAUUAAAUAUGAUAUAUGAAUACAGUCUGGAACAUGAAACGCUUGCACGGGCAAUUAACAUUUUGUAGCAUGCAUUAUAUAUUAUACACAUAUAUUAACUACAG